CGAGCAAUACUCUUUAAGCGCGCGAGUUUUUCUUUUUUUCUUUUUUUUAUUGCUAUCACCCCGCAUCCAUUUAGGCGCGCGGUCGAUUUUAAUUACUUGCUCACACAUACACACCUCGGCGUCUAUUAACUAACCAUCUAACCUACGUACAUACGCCGCGUUGACGUCCGAUUUCGAAUACCACCUACAUAAAGUAACUGUAAGAUUACUACUACAUAGUAGACGGAGCAAAUUCCCCAAAGAAGCAUACAUAUUCCUCGACUAUACACAUACCUACUUACCUAUCUGCACCUACGCACGCACGAUGGCGGAUACCGUAUAUCGUCGUAGCGGGCGGGGCGGCGCCGGCAACUUCUACUCGCAAAAAGAUAUCGAAGAGGCAACUAAGAGGAAAUCCGAGGAUCUCGAGGCGCAGAAAUCGCAACCGCUUGCCGAUGAUGAACCGCUGACGGAUCCAGCCGAUGGCCCAGCGCAACCCGUCGCAGGCUCCACUACUAACGGCGCGAAGGCGUAUGCGCGCUCCGGCAGAGGCGGCGCUGGAAACUUCGUCGACGUCCCUUCUUCACCUGUAGCCACGACCGCUCCUACUCAUGCUUCGAAACCCCAAGACCAGUCUCAUCCACAGUCCCCGCCGACAUCGCCGCGCCGCGGGGGUGCGCUCUCGGGCCGUGGGGGCGCAGGAAACUGGACGUCCGAGCAUGGAGAAGGCGAACCGUACGACCGAGAACAGGAGCGCAAACGCCGCGAGGCUCUCGACGCGCACAUCUUAGAGGAUAUCCGAGACUCGCUCCCGCAGCCGCCCAAGAUCCACUAUAUGCAUGGCCCGGGUCGGGGACGGAAGCCGGAUCCGCUUUCCUAGCCAGGCUGAAUGAUAGUUUCGUCGUUAAUAAAUGCGACAUGGAAGAUAUCGCUAUUAUAUCUAAAGUCUCAAUGUUGGAACGGAAUGAGAUGGAUAAACCUUACAAAGAUCAACACCGUUGAUGGCUUACAUACCUACCAUCUAGAACAUCUACAUCAGAUAAAUUAGCAGUAAUGAUAAUCAUAAUACGCAACAUAGCAAACAAUUAGCAAGAAAGCGAGACUCUUGUUCCAUCAC